AUGGAAAAGACUGAUAUUUCCCAGGCUUCAGUAUCAGGCCAAGAUGCCGCCAAAACGUCACAAAAUAACUCUUCCAACAUCGAGCGCUGCAGUAAUGAGGAGGGUUUGACUACCAACGCUCAAGAAAGGCCUUUUCCAGUUCUACUUUCUUUCAUUUGGGCCGGCCUAUUUCUUCUAGCAAUCGCCGUGAGCCUUGCGGGGCAAACCAUUAUUUCCUACCAGCCUUAUGCCCUUUCCGAGUUCAACGCUCAUUCUAUGUUAUCCGUCAUCGGUACCGUUCAGUAUAUUUUAUAUGCAAUUGUUAAGCCAGCCUUGGCCAAAACAGCGAAUAUAUGGGGACUUCUUGAAGCAUUCAGCAUAUCGAUCGUGGCAAUCUUGAUUGGCUUUGCCAUUAAUGCAGCUUCACAGAACUUAGGAAGCCUGACGGCAGGGCAAAUCUUCUAUACCAUUGGCCAGGUCGGCAUACAAUUCUUGCAACAAAUAUUGAUAGCCGACAUUACAACAUUGGAAAAUCGAUCAAUACUCGGAAGUCUUGUCUUAUGUCCCACAAUAUUUACGUCUUGGAUUGGAGCUCCAAUCGUAAGCGCAAUGGUACCUGAAGAAUGGAGAUGGGGAUAUGGCAUGUGGGCGAUUAUAUUCCCGGUUGUAUCAAUGCCACUGUUAAUUUCACUUUGGCAAUAUUCACGGCGGAGUAAUACACCCCAGGCAAAUGCUACAAAGAGUGACGUUCAGAAUAUUUCUGCGUUAUGGUCGCGCCUUGAUGUCAUUGGACAUUUACUCCUCACAGCCAGUUUAACACUUAUUCUACUUCCAAUGACGCUUUCCACAUAUCCUUUUCAGUCAUGGACCUCGGCUGCUAAGCUAUCAAUGAUUAUUAUUGGAGGAUGUUGCUUUAUUGCUUUCACAAUAUAUGAGCUUUAUGUCUCAUCUCAUCCAAUCGUUUCCUUCAAGUUGGCAAAGGAUCGGACCGUUGCAGCUGGUUGCAUCAUACAAUUCGUCCUCUACUUGAGUUACUAUAUCUGGGCGCCUUAUUUCUUCUCAUUUAUAGUCAUUGUCAACAAUCAGUCAGCGAAAGCGGCAACAAAUAUCACUGCCUCUCAAGCAGUCGCGACAGCUGUCAUUGGAUUGCUUGCGGCUUUCAUCAUCAAGUUAACAGGUGUUUACAAAUGGGCUAUUCUGCUGGGAAUGGUAUUAAAGUUGAUUGGCGCGGGGUUGAUGCUCAGAUACUCUGAUAUGAGUGCAAGCAUCGUUCAGAUAAUAUUUGGCCAGCUGAUAUCAGGAGCCGGGACAGGGAUGAUCUCCAUUAUUGCACAAACCGCUGUUCAAGCGGUAACAGCGCAUGAAGAUUUGGCUUCCGUAACAACUUUGUACGAAGUUUCUGGGGCCAUUGGAGGAGCUAUUGGCAACGCUUUAUCCGGCAUCAUCUGGACCGCUCUCCUCCUCCCACGGCUACGCAUCGACCUUCCGGCUGCAGCGCAGUCGACGGCUACUGAGAUAAAGAAUUCCUUCAUAGUGGCCUCAUCAUAUUCUCCCGGAAGUCCGGAAAGGAUCGCUAUUGAUAAGAGUUACACGGAAGUUAUGCACGUCCUUCUCAUUGUAGCGUUGGCAGUAUUGUCGGUGCCAUUUUUUGCAAUGUUUGCAAUGAAGGAUUUGAAUCUAAAGAAGAGCAGAUAA